AAGCGGGUGAAACACGCUGUAAAACGAUGUAAAAUUCUGAAUAUUCUCACUGUGUGGUAAAAUACUCCCCCUUUCCCUCUCCAUAGACACAGUCUCUAACUACUCGGUAGAGCCAGCAACCGGCGACUGGCGGCGCUCGGCGGAUACUGGCUGAGAAUCUCGAUGGACGUCCAGCCCAAGAAUGCAAUCAAUACGAGGGAAUCGGUUGUCUCGUAUCCAUCAGCAUUGGGGCACGCUGGUCAGAAUAUGGUUUCAAUGGAGGACGUGCAAAAUGUGAUUCAUGGUCAGCAGGCAGAAUACAUAGUCAACCACUCUAAGAAAGUUCAGGAAGAUAUACUUGCGUUAGGUCAAAAAAUUAAGCAUUAUGAAGACAAUAUCAAGUGCUUAAAGGCACAGCAAAACAGAUUGGAGGAGUCAAUUUUAGAUAUGCAAGUUGCUCUUGGCAAGUAUCAUACAGAAAAUCGUGCAACAGAAAAUGUGAACCAUGUCCAUAUGAAGAGUGAGGAAGAAACAAUUGAACAUAUUCUUAGGCAUGAGAAAUCUGCAGCUGCCAUCUUGUGUCAGCUCAAAACUCAUCAAGGAGAUCAGGCUUCCAAUCUUCAGUGGACAAAGGAUAUAGUCGGUAUUGUUGCUACAAUUGGAAAAGUUGAUGAUGAUAACCUUAGCAGGCUUCUUUCUGCAUACUUGGGGUUAGAAACCAUGCUAGCAGUGGUUUGCAAGACCCAUGAUUGUGUUAAAGCGCUGGAAACAUAUGACAAACAGGGUUUGAUAAAUAGAAGUUCGGGCAUUCAUGGACUUGGAUCUUUUAUUGGGAGGCCAGUGGAUGGUCCCUUUCUGGUGUUUUGUCUCGAAAAUCUGAGUCCAUAUGUUGGUGAGUUCAUAGCUAAAGACCCACAGAGGAGGCUCGAUCUUCUAAAGCCAAGAUUAGCCAAUGGAGAACCUCCAUUCGGCUUUCUUGGUUUUGCAGUGAAUAUGAUCUCAAUUGAUAGCGUGCACUUGCAUUGCAUCUCAAAUUCUGGGAAUGGCCUGAGAGAGACACUAUUCUAUAACCUCUUCUCGACUUUGCAAGUGUAUAAAUCAAGAGAAGACAUGCUGAAGGCCCUUCCUUGUAUAACCAACGGAGCCGUAUCUCUUGAUGGUGGGAUGGUAAGAAGACCUGGGGUGUUCUCCUUAGGCAAUCGGGGAGUCAUUGACGUGAAAUUCCCAAAAAGCUCUGAAGCUUUGAAACUACGUGAGAACUAUUUCGAAACUGAAAAGCGAAUGAAGGAGACAAAAUGGAAGAAGGAAAGAAUGUGGGAAGAUAUGCAGAGGGAGCAGGCAUUGUUGGAACAUGCAAAGUUCAACUAUGAAAUAAAGAAACAAGAAUUUGUACAGUUCCUUGGUCAAAGCUCACCAUACACUGCUCAGCAUUCAUAUCAGGCAGGACAAUCAGCCCCAAAAUAAUGAUCUCAGGGAGAACAGAAGUUUAGCUGCAGCAGAGAGAAUGGAAGCUACUAAGUAAUUUCUGACCAGAUUGUGAGUCGCUGUCGUUUCUCCGUAUUUGAAUUUUACAUGGCUAGAUUAGCUAAGUCACUUGCCAUCUAUUUAUGUUUCUUUCUCAAGUCUCUGCUGUAAAUGAUGUAUGCUUUCCUUGGAGCAUGAUCUCAUUGUCAUUAACUCCCUUUUUGCUUUUGGUAAGUUGCACUGGCAGUAUGUAAUUACUGUAGAAAAACGAGUUAAAUUUUCAUCUAUUAUUACACGGUACUAUAUAGUCUAGUACAAUUUUCCAAACA